UAUAAAUAAUACUAGGAGUAAAGAUGUGCAGUGAUGAUGUGCCUUGCCCUUUCAUGUAUAGGUGCUGUAAUGGUAACUGCUUGCAUGUAUCAUUGGCAUGCAUUGUAGUUAGAAGGAGGCCAAUAACAGGGCUGCAAAUAAUGCUCAUUGUGUUAGCCUCAAUUGCCUUUAUGAUGAUCUGUUCAAGUCUUUUUGUUACAAUCUGAAGAGGUGGAAGAAGAAGAGCAGGAGGGCCAAGAGGAUAUUAUGAACGAACAACAAAUCUUGAAGACUCCCCUGAGCGUAUUGAAUACAGAUAUAUUGGCUACCCAAAUGAUCAAAACCAAGCUGAUCGUCAACAACAGCUUCUUAAUGUGAAUGACCAGGAGAUUCAAGCCCCAAGCCAAAAAGAAUUUUAUCCAAAAUCUCCAGAACCUAUCCAGAGCCAGAUACCCAAUACUGCACCCCAAGAAGAGCCUGAAUCAUUAAUGAUCAAGAGGAAAGAGUCUGAAGUUCCUUCAAAAGAUGAAGAGCCUGAUUCUCCAUCUGAUAGAAAAGAGUUUGUACCAGAAUCCACCCAGGAGUCCAAAUCUGGAUUAUUCUCAGGCCCUGACGCCAGAUCUUCUUUAGCUUCCGAGGAUAGUUCUCAAAUCCACCAAGAUGGGAAGAAUGGCAUUAAAACUGGAAUAAACUAACUUGGAUUAAAUUUACUGUUUGGCUACUUUAUCCCUGAAAUUUCUAGAUUU